UUGUUUUUUCUUUCUAGCCAAUGGUGAUCAAAUAUUUCAGAAAGGAAACCGGAUGAGUCAUCUUCUGCAGAUAAGCUGAAAUAUUAAUAGUUCUAUCUCCAUCAGGCUUCAUGCAGCCAAACAGCAUCACUCCUACAGAACUCUUGUUGUUGAAGUAAUUCAUGGCAAAUAAACCUAUCAGCCGUUUGGAUGUGAAAGGUUUGGAAACCGAUGAACAGUUAUGAACAGUACACUUGGAUCUUAAGGGAUUUUCCCCCCUUCUUGCCGACUUCUUAGGCUUGAGGGAAUUUUUAGGACAGAUGGAUUUAAAACCUGCUUGAUCUUGGAACAUCACAGAACACCUGCUGCACUUAUUGCAGGAGUGACAAGAACAUUAUCUUCUAGAAGUAAUGCCCACAGACAGCGGAAGUUGUUCAACUGCGCGCCAAGCAAAACAAAAACGCAAAUCCCACAGCCUUUCCAUAAGAAGAACUAACAGCUCGGAACAGGAGAGGACGGGACUACCAAGAGAGAUGUUAGAAGGGCAAGAUUCUAAGCUGCCUUCCUCAGUUCGUAGUACGCUGUUGGAACUGUUUGGUCAAAUAGAAAGAGAAUUUGAGAAUCUCUAUAUUGAAAACUUAGAAUUACGUAGAGAAAUCGAUACCCUUAAUGAACGGUUAGCCGCUGAAGGACAAGCAAUUGAUGGGGCAGAACUGAGUAAGGGCCAACUCAAAACAAAAGCCAGUCAUAGUACCAGUCAGCUUUCUCAGAAAUUGAAGACUACUUACAAAGCUUCCACUAGCAAGAUUGUUUCCAGCUUUAAGACUACAACAUCCAGGGCCAUCUGCCAGCUUGUGAAGGAGUAUAUUGGUCACAGGGACGGAAUCUGGGAUGUGAGUGUUGCCAGGACACAGCCAGUGGUGCUGGGAACUGCAUCUGCUGAUCACACGGCUUUGCUGUGGAGCAUAGAAACAGGAAAGUGCCUUGUCAGAUAUUCAGGCCAUGUUGGAUCAGUAAAUUCUAUAAAAUUUCAUCCCUCAGAGCAGUUGGCGCUCACUGCUUCUGGAGAUCAGACUGCUCAUAUUUGGAGGUAUAUGGUACAACUGCCGACACCCCAGCCAAUUGCAGAUACUAGUCAGCAGAUAUCUGGAGAAGAUGAAGUAGAGUUUUCUGAUAAAGAUGAAGCUGAUGCAGAUGGAGACGUGUCCAGUGAUUGCCCUACCAUUCGAGUUCCCCUGACAUCUCUUAAGAGCCACCAAGGAGUGGUCAUAGCAGCUGAUUGGUUGGUUGGAGGAAAGCAGGCAGUGACAGCCUCCUGGGACAGGACAGCGAAUCUCUAUGACGUGGAGACAUCUGAACUUGUUCAUUCUCUGACUGGACACGAUCAAGAAUUAACUCAUUGCUGUACACAUCCCAACCAGCGACUUGUGGUAACAUCAUCUCGAGACACGACUUUCCGUCUUUGGGAUUUCAGGGACCCUUCAAUCCAUUCUGUGAAUGUUUUCCAGGGCCACACAGACACUGUGACCUCUGCUGUGUUUACUGUCGGAGAUAAUGUUGUCUCAGGCAGUGAUGACCGCACUGUGAAAGUUUGGGAUUUAAAAAAUAUGAGAUCCCCAAUUGCAACUAUCCGCACAGACUCUGCCAUUAACAGGAUUAAUGUAUGUGUUGGCCAAAAGAUCAUUGCCCUUCCACAUGACAACCGACAAGUUAGAUUAUUUGAUAUGUCAGGAGUGCGAUUAGCGAGGCUUCCUCGAAGCAAUAGACAGGGCCACCGGAGGAUGGUGUGCUGCUCGGCUUGGAGUGAAGACCACCCUGUAUGCAAUCUGUUUACCUGUGGGUUUGACAGGCAAGCCAUCGGCUGGAACAUAAACAUCCCUGCCUUGUUACAAGAAAAAUAAGAGAGCCCAUAUCCUUUGUGUCAUUAUUUGCCAUGGACCUUUAACUGCUGCAGACUUUCCUGCAUAGUAAUCUGCCAUUGUUUGUGAGAGCUUGACCCUGAAAAGUGUGCGUUAUAGAUUCUGUUCAUAUUGUACCCGGUUUGCAUGAUAUGUACAGGAAAAUGUGUGGUCAUAUUUUUUCCUUAUUUUUGUCUUGUGUAUGACCUUUUGUAUAUUGACUGCCUCUGGUCAGUAGAAAUGAAGUUCACUUCCCGUGUAGCACUUCAAAUGCUCAUGAGUUCUACAGAGUUCGACAGAUGAACAGUAGGGCAUUACAUUUGUGCGCAUCAAAUGUGAAACCCGUGUACUUAUUAUGAGGCAUUUAGUUGUCUGUUGUAUUUUCUGGAAUAAUUAUACAUAUCUACCUUGCAUUGAAAAGAUUGUAGAGCUUACAUUUGAGUUGGCUAAUGAAUGGCAGUGAUGAGCAAAGCUUUCAUGUUUACCUUCUGUUUGAAGUUUUAGCAUGUGCUGUUAUGUAAUACAACUUCAACUCGAAUUUCUAUUACAGUUCUGUAAAAAUACUGUGGAUUUUAGAAGUUUUAAAAAAACCAUACAGUUGUUGAGUUUGCAACAUUUGGAGAGUUUCUUUUGAAUAGAAAAAGUUUUCUCUUUUUAUAGAAAAUCAUUUCAAUCUCCUGCGGUCUCAUAUUAGCAAGUUCUCAAAUAUAAUGAUUCUGAUCACUGAAAUAUAGUGAAGCAAAAUUUAAAGCACUUUAGUUUAUAGCUAUGGUUAUAAACAGUCUAUCGAAGUUUCAAACGACAUAUCCAUUGAAUGUGACUUGACCUUUGAAAGAAGGACCUGCUACCUGAGAACAAAAUCUUACCUAUUUUCUACACCUUCGGUUUGCAUGUUUCUAGAUGGGUUCACUUCCUUGGUGGUAUUGAGAGCCAACAAUGCAAAUAAAUGAGUACUACCUCAAAAAUAAAUGUAUUUCAAAAACUUUGGAGAUGUAUUGUUGCCUAGUUAAAGCACUUUUUGAUUUUUAGCUGGAAUAUUGGGUUCAAUUUAGAAGGCAAGAAAGACAAUCUUACCAAAUGUAUCUUGAAGUAAGAGAUUCACUCAUUAGGCUAAUUGGUUCUUAAGGAACAUGCACAUAGGUCACAAGACUCUCAUGUCUUUAAUAGGGCACCUGUCUGUGCCAAUCCUACGUCCACAUGAGUGAGCCUGUUAAUCUUGCCUUCUUAGAAAUCACUGUUUCUCUGAUGUUUGUCAGUUAAUGUUUCUUACAGAUUUAUAGUUUCUAUAAAGAGACAUCUCACCAUACUGCCCCUCAUCUUUUUAACCCUUUAGAUAUGUUCAUUUGGAGACUGAUUGCUGGGAGAUGCAUAAGAAAGAAAUAUUUAAACUGUGAUGGGGCCCUCUCCCUCACUUUCCUGUGUUUCUUAGUGUCUUGUGUUGAUACAGGGGUACACAGGAGCUGGGCAGUGGUAGAAGCCAAUUGGUAAGGUAUGUAUUAAAUAGAUCUUCCAGGCUGUCCUUCCGCAGAGCUUAUCAAGAGUGUAUGCAUUGGUUUUCAGUGCAUUUUGCUUAAGUGAUGUAGUAGCUUAUCUUAGGCAUUUAAGGAGCUAAAGUGUUCAAAUAAUCCUGAACUGCUUCACUCAGACUAGAAGGGACGAGGGACCCAAAGAGAACCAAUAGAAAGCAAAGGUUGCUAACGAAGGGGCAAGCAACAAAUAUUUUGGAGCAAUUGUAUUUUUAAAGCUCUAAGCUGUGUUGUGUGUCACAAGUCCAACAUUUUAUGGUCACCCAACUGUGCUUUUGAGAAUUGAAGUCAAGCUUGCUACUAAGAUGGAUUUGGAUUUCUGUCAGCCACCGCUAUCCUGGGUGUAUUUUGGUUGAAGGAGUACUGUACUAUUAGCAGGAUAUUUGCUGUGGCCUGCUUGUAUCUUUGAAUGAAAUAUUUUUUUUGCCGUAUCUCCCUUCAGUCCACUGCAGAUCCAAAGGGAUGAGCGUAGAGAUGACUUCUGAAGUCUCAACUGCAAAAAGCAUGUCCUUAGGUUCAAUUUUGUAAGUUAAUUGGAAAAUUUGGGUAUUAGAAUCAUCGUUAGGAACAUUUUUUUAAAAAGUGUAUAAAUAAUGGAAUUAAACUUAAAAGCCAAAUCUCAGAUUAAAACACAUUUGAAGCUUUUAAAACUAUCUAUAUUUACAAUGGCCAUUUAGUUCUAUGCAGACUACCCUUCACUACCAACGGCUGCUCCCCUUCCUGCCGCUAACUAGAGGGACCAACCUCUGACACCAGAAAUGAGUCUCUCCACUCAUUUUCAUUGGGCGAACACACCCUAAUGGUGCUAGAGCAGAGUUCUCAGGAGCAGGAUGAUAUUGACUCUCGUUAAUUACUAUCUCAUCUUUAACUUGAUUUUAUUUAAUUGCUACUUGUAGCCAUAGGUGUUAUUUCCAGCAAGUUAUAAGGGAGAUUGGAGAUCGUGAUUUUAUGUGUGUGUGUUUCUGUGUGACUAAAAUGACAUCAUGCUGUCUGUCACAUGUGAUACCAUUUGAAAUAGUGUUUUGAAAUGGGAACGGUUUUGUCCAGAAUCUCAUUUAAUAAUGGAAGGAAAAUGUGUGGUAAGUGAAAGAUGUAUUUGUAUAUAGAAUUUCAUUUGAGAUACGUUGUUUCAGAUGGAGCAACAUUCAUUUUCUCAACCACUGCACACCAGUUUCUGUAGAGUCUAAAUUCUGUACAUAUUUGUACAAUCUGAAGAAUUCUUUGUAAAUCAUUUGUUGCUUAAGUCUGUGAAAAAUAACUUUCUUAGGAAGAAAAAGUGUGCAUUUAUAAGUCUUAUGUGGAAUCAGUUUUUAUUGUAUUGAUGUAAUUAUUUUUAAAUGUUCAGUGUCUUCAUUGCAAUAUGAAAUUCAUUAAAAUCCAUGUUCCAUAACUAUUCUUAUGAAAGUUUUAUGUUACAGGAAAACUCUCGGUUUUGGUUUUCCUUAUUUUUCAUGCUUUACUUUGGGUGAGACAUUAUUAAUGACUACAUAAACAUCAAAAUGACAUAUAGAUUGGCUAAAUUAAUUAUAAUAUUCUAAAUUAAUUAUAAUAUUGUCCAUUUGAAGAUUUUUAACUGUGGAGUAAAAAAUAUUAUUUUCUACCCAGCUGUCACCAAAAUAAAAUGUUAUAUAAUUAUGCCUUUUCA